AUGCCCGAGACAAUCAAGACCGUCAGCAUCCCGAAUAUUGCGUGGAAUACCGCUGCCGAUAUCCAUUUUCCACCCAAAUUUGAAGAGAAGAAGAAGUACCCCGCCGUCGUCUCUGCUCAUCCGAUCGGCUCCUGCAAGGAACAGACCUCGGGCAACAUAUAUGGGAAGGCAAUGGCAGAGGCAGGAUUUGUGGUUGUCACCUUCGAUGCGUCGUUCCAAGGCGCCUCAGGUGGUAAUCCCCGAUUUAUCGAGGAUCCGGAGUUCCGCGUUUCUGACUUCCGUUUUGUUGUCGACUACGUCCAGACACUUCCCUAUGUCGACGCCGAGCGUAUUGGCGUACUUGGCAUUUGCGGAGGAGGUGGCUACGCCAUCAAUGCAGCCAUGACCGAUUACCGUUUCAAGUGUUGCGUCGGUAUCACUCCUGUCAACUUUGGCCGGCUCUCCCGCGAAGCAUUUGGUAACUUUGAUCCUGUGGAUUCAUUGGAGAAGAUGGCCAAACAAAGAAGCGUUGAGGCACAGGGUGGCAAACGUUCUGUCAUUAACCUGCUACCUCCAUCUGUCGAAGAUGCCAAAAAAGCAACCACGGACAUCGAUGUUAUCGAAGCUACCGAAUACUACAAAACCACUCGCGGCCAGGCACCUAAUGGCUGCACCAGCGGUCUCUUUUCUUUCAACAGCGCCGCACUCGCGUGGGAUGCCUUCAAUCAUGCCGAAGUACUUAUGACGAAGCCGUUCAUGGCAGUCGUCGGUGACAGACCCGGUGGCUUCGGUGCUUACCGUGAUGCCCAGGAGAUAUAUGGACGAGCUGGCUCCAAGGAGAAGCGCAUCGUCGUGCUACCAGGGGCUUCGCAUUACAUGCUUUAUGAUAAGCCCGAAGCAGUCAAGCCCGCAUUAGACCAGGUCCUCCCCUUUCUUAAAGAGCACCUUGGUGAGGCUAGAUAA